AAAAGUGCUGCGGUAAUUCAGAAACCAUUUAAAAACUAUAACAGUCGUUAAAUAAAGCAUCAUAGGUACAAAUAUCAAAUAGUUUCAAACUUAAAAUCUAAUAAUUAAAUAUUCUAAAUCCGAGUUUAUCAUCUGAAAAAAAAUAACAUGUAUUUGAAAAACAUUAUACUGUUAUUCUGCGUGUCGUUAUACUUUUUGCAAUGUCAGAGCGAUCAUCGACCAACUCGUGGGGAGCGUAGAAUAAUUAGCGACAUAGUCGAUAAGUAUGCAAAUUCCAAAGGCAUAGGCAACAAAGAAAAUGGCGAUCUGAACCUAAUAGGCGUAAAAGAAGUCAUUGAAAAAGUAGAAAAACAAUUCCGAAAGACAAAGGACAAAGAAGAAAUUAAAAACAAAGGACUUUGCAGUGUUGAGGAAUUGCAAACGACAUUAUCAAGCUAUGUUUUCACAUUACUAGAUGUCAUAACAUACGUUGAUGAAUACGCAGGAUUAGAUACGGAUACGGAAAAGCAUUUGCUAGAACUAGCAACGCUAUUCAAACAGUAUGGUGGGCCUAAUACACAAAUAAAAUUUCAACAUUUAAAACGCCUACUGGACCAAGUAUAUUGGUGUAAAAAGUUGUGCUAUUUCGUAUUUCCAUAUCGUAAGUUCCCGAAAACCUCGAUACCGUACAAAUUGGAAAAAUCAGAAAACAAGUUUACCAGGGACGAAGUUGAGUUCAUCGUCACUGAUUACUUUUUUCCUAAACAAAUUGAAUCAGAUAAUAAUGACUGGUUUUUAAGUCAAUUAAAUAAAUAAUUAAGUAAUUAUUUAUAUAAGUAUAUUGAUAUUUAUCUGGUU